AUGGACAAGGUAAUGCCAGUGGUCGGCGGCCUGGCCAGUGUGUGGGCAGCAUACAAGGUCAUCCCAGUGAUGUACCGUUGGGAGCUCAUCCCUGGUGUUGCAUCAGAGGAGUGGUGGGCGCGUGCCAAUACGAUUCGCUACGACCACUACACGGAGGGCAUCGUGUAUUCACCCUAUGACACUGGUGAGCCCAUCAGAGAGAUGCCGGAAGAGUGCAAAGGCAAGAUGCUGCUGAAACAAAGGCGGGGAGGUUGGAAGCUUCAGAGCGAGAUGGAGGAGCCUGGGCUGGUGAUCAUUCCUUGA